GGCCCGGCCUGUCCCGCCCUGCGCCUCCGGACGUCUGUGCCGGGACAUGGCCGCUGCGGAUGCCGGGUGCUUGAGCUGAUCGCCUGCAGCGGGAGCCAACCUCUGCCGCCAAUCGUCCGUACGGGCUGGGCCUAGGCGCUAGGACGGCGAAGAUCCGCCGAGGAAGCUGAGGCUGCCAUAGGACGCCGCCGCGGCGGGCGCAUGGCGUCCAUCUUGCUCAGGAGCUGCCGCGGCCGGGGGCCUGCCCGCCUCGCGCCGCCCCGGGCCGCCUCCCCUCGGGGUAGUCUGAGGGAUCGAGCUUGUCUCAGUUGUAUGAGGACCGUGGGGUUGAUGAGCCAUGAGAGUGUUCUGUCUCGCUGUUGUGCUCCAGCCCACCCUGUGUACCUCUGCUUCAAAGGUGAGCCCCUCAGCUGUUGGACUCAGAGGCCUGAGGGCCAGAGCACUGUGGCAAGGGCAACAUGGACACCUGCCUCUGCAAGGUUGGUUGUUACAGGACCUCAGUACCUUCCUGUGCGCAGCUGGCACUCAUCAUCCCCACUAGGAGAGGACUCUGUGAUAGAGAAGUCCCUUAAGUCCCUAAAGGACAAGAAUAAGAAGCUGGAAGAGGGUGGCCCCGUAUACAGCCCGCCAGCUCAGGUGGCAGUAAAGAAGUCCCUGGGGCAGAGGAUACUGGAUGAGCUGAAGCACUACUACCAUGGCUUCCGCCUGCUCUGGAUCGACACCAAGAUUGCUGCCCGCAUGCUGUGGCGCAUCCUCAAUGGCCAUACGCUGACUCGCCGGGAGCGCAGGCAGUUUCUCCGAAUCUGUGCCGACCUGUUCCGUCUAGUGCCCUUCCUGGUGUUCGUGGUGGUGCCCUUCAUGGAGUUCCUGCUACCUGUGGUUGUGAAGCUCUUCCCCAACAUGCUGCCCUCCACCUUUGAGACCCAGUCCAUCAAGGAAGAAAGGCUGAAGAAGGAGCUUAGGGUGAAGCUGGAGCUAGCCAAGUUUCUCCAGGACACCAUAGAGGAAAUGGCCCUGAAGAACAAGGCGGCCAAAGGGAAUGCCACCAAAGAUUUCUCUGCAUUUUUUCAGAAGAUCCGGGAGACAGGGGAAAGACCCAGCAAUGAGGAAAUCAUGCGUUUUUCCAAAUUGUUUGAGGAUGAACUGACCCUGGAUAACCUCACAAGGCCUCAACUGGUAGCACUGUGCAAGCUGCUGGAGCUUCAGUCCAUUGGCACCAACAACUUCCUACGCUUCCAGCUCACCAUGCGGCUGAGGUCCAUAAAGGCUGAUGAUAAGCUGAUUUCUGAGGAAGGGGUGGACAGUCUAACUGUGAAGGAAUUGCAGGCAGCGUGUCGAGCACGAGGCAUGCGAGCACUUGGUGUCACAGAAGACCGUCUGAAGGGCCAGCUGAAACAGUGGCUGGACUUACACCUGCAUCACGAGAUCCCCACGUCAUUGCUCAUACUGUCCCGGGCCAUGUACCUCCCAGACACCCUCUCACCUGCUGACCAGCUCAAGUCCACCUUGCAGACCCUUCCAGAAAUUGUGGCAAAGGAGGCUCAGGUAAAAGCAGCAGAAGUGGAGGGUGAACAGGUAGACAACAAGGCGAAGCUGGAGGCCACACUGCAGGAAGAGGCUGCCAUCCAGCAAGAACACCUUGAAGAACUAAAGAGAGCUGCUGAGGCUGUGAAGGACAUCCAGCCUGAAGUGGCAGAAGCCACUGUCCCUGGGAGGCCAGGGGCCGAGCUUCAGCCCAAGAUAGCUGAUGUGAUCCUGCCCUCAGAGGUACUGAAGGAUACGGCACCUGUACUGGAAGGUUUGAAGGGAGAAGAAAUUACCAAGGAGGAGAUUGACAUCCUCAGUGACGCCUGCUCCAAGCUGAAGGAGCAGAAGAAGUCCCUGACCAAGGAGAAGGAGGAGCUGGAGCUGCUGAAGGAGGAUGUGCAGGACUACAGCGAGGACUUACAGGAGAUCAAGAAGGAACUUUCGAAGACGGGUGAUGAGCAGUACAUAGAAGAAUCCACAGCUAGCAAGAGGCUGUCGAAGCGGGUGCAGCAGAUGAUCGGGCAGAUCGACGGCCUGAUCGCACAGCUAGAGACCACUCAGCAGGAUGGCAGUCUGGGCCCUGAGGAGAGCUCUCCGACAGGGGAGAGCGUCAUCAGUGUCGGUGAGCUCAUCAGCGCCAUGAAGCAAAUCAAGCACAUUCCAGAACACAAGCUGAUCAGUUUGACCUCAGCCCUGGAUGAAAAUAAGGAUGGCAAUAUCAACAUCGAUGACCUUGUUAAGGUAAUCGACUUGGUGAACAAAGAAGAUGUUCAGAUUUCUACCACCCAGGUAGCCGAAAUUGUGGCUACACUAGAGAAGGAAGAAAAGGUGGAAGAGAAAGAAAAGGCCAAGGAAAAGGCUGAGAAAGAGGCGGCAGAAGUGAAGAAUUAGAACUGCCGGCUUUCAGUCUUACAAGGUUUGCCGUUCUCAUGCUGCGCCAGCACGGUGGCAUGACACAGUGAUUGCUUUGAGCUGAUUCUUAGUGACAAAUCUAAUAUUUUGUCUGGAAUAAAUCAGAAACUUCCAUAAUGAAGCCAUUUUUAAUUUUCAUCAUUCCACGAAGAUUCAGUCCAGCUGGAGCAGGAGAGGGUGGCUGUGUCUGGACUCAUGCCAUGGUGUGGUACUAACCGGCUCUAACUUGGGUUAAGGUACAGCUGCCAAUAGGAUCAUAGCCCCACACUGACCUCUAGCUUCAGAGAUGGCUCUGGCCAGGCUCGGUAGGAAGGCAUUUCUCUGUAUAUGUCCUUACAGGAUUGGAGCGAGCCUCCAUCCUGUGAGAGGAGAGUGAGAACCAACUGGCCCCCCAGCACCUGUGUGGACCCAAGAGGAUGUGCCUGUGUGUCCUCAGAGGCCUCGGGCUAGGAGUUAGUCAAAUACAAAUGCAGGCCGCUCUGCUCUGAAGACACUGCCAUCAGUCUGAGGGAUUGAGAUUCCUAAAUGCCAGCGUACAUAGAUCUGUCUGCUCACACCUCCAGAGUUGUCUUAACCGCAGGUCCCUGACAGCAGUGUCUGUGCCCUGUAUGGAUUCCAAGGCAUUUUGACUAGAGCGCUCUCAAUUCACCAUUGAUGUCUACUUAAUAAUUCUUUAACUGACUAGUACUAAAUUUUCAUACAUGACCGUCCGCCUAAUUCAUGAGUAAUUCCUAAUAUAGUGGGUGACACACAUUCAAGAGACUUUGAAAAUGAAAUCUUGUUGGGCAGUGGUGGCACAUGCCUUUAAUCCCAGCACUUGGGAGGCAGAGGCAGGCGGAUUUCUGAGUUUGAGGCCAGCCUGGUCUACCGAGUGAGUUCCAGGACAGCCAGGACUACACAGAGAAACCCUGUCUCGAAAAACCAGACCAAAAAAGAAAGAAAGAAAAUGAAAUCUUUUCUGUUGUGCAUCCACAUUGCUGAGCAGGCCCAGGGGAUAGAACUGACGUCUGCAACUUGAAUAUACCUAAGGGUUUGUGUGGCUUUUAACAUAAAAUUCAAGUCCCAUCUCACAGAACAGUGUGCAAGAUGGAGAUUCACAGGGGAAUUUCUGUAUGCUGUUGGCUCAAGGCUCCAACAUCUUUAGCACAAACGCUCAUGGCUGUGCACCAGCCACCAAGGAGUGAGGAAGUAGUCCUUUGCUGCCACAGAGCUUUCAGCAUGGUGGUCCCUGCCCACCAGCAGCUCACUGGCACCCCUCUGAGUCGAUGGUCCAGAGCUCUUUGCUGAGUGGCCGCUAGCCUUUCUCAUUUGGAAAUGGCUCCUUGGACAGGCCAGGGUGUCCUGUGGCCUCACCACCACCUUCAUGUUGUAACCCCAUCCUGGGAGCACAGAGAGAGGAAGAUCGUGAGUUCCACUUGGGCUACUCAGUAAGACCCUGUCCAGGAAAAAAGAGAUUGUUGACUCCAGACAGGAUUUGGAACAUGUACAGAGACGCAGCAAGCAGAAUGGACCUUUCUUUCAGUUUCUUGAAACUUCUUUCUUGACUGUUAAAGGAAACAUAUGAUGCUGAGCAGGAAUGAGAUGACUCUUGCAUGUAGACUGUAACUGCAGAGCAGCAGCGGGAGGAGCCUAGUCACUCCAUGGUCACAACUGAAUCCUGGUGUCUCUACAAGGGCAAGGUUAUGGUUACCAGUAUGUCCCCACUGUAGAGGGUAUCUUCUGUGACCAGCACUCUGGAGCCUGCCCUGUGUCUACCCAUGGUCUUCAUCCUUUUUUUGUAUUACAGGGCACUGUUGGUGGCCGCGCUGGCCGCUGCUGACUCGGGAAUUCCCUCUAACCUCCACUCUGGACUCUGUCCUCACGGGUCACGCCAUCACCCCACUGCAGCACCUUAGCAAACACAUGUGCUAGAAGGUCUACCAGUUGAUACUUCCCUUGGGUUUUGGAGUUGUCCCCACAUCUGUUUGCUUCACUGCUUGACCUUAAGUAGUACAGCUGGGUCAGGAUUAGAAACACCAGAUCCACCAGGCAGUGAUGGCAGUGCAGCCUUUAAUCCUCAGAAGGCAGAGGCAGGUGAAUGGCCAGCGCCACACAAAGAAACCCUGUCCUGAACCACUACCACUACCACCACCACCACCCCCCAAAAAAGAAAUGGCAGAUCCAGGACUGAGAACUGUACUCAGGCUGAGCAUUUGAAAGUUGGUGUUUCAUCUAUCAUAACUGCCCUGCACCUCAGCACUUGCCCAGAGCGUAUGUUCAAGAGUUGAGAUGUCUGCAUCUUUUAAAUGAAAUUAAGGUUUCAACACAGGAGAGUCUGGUGUUUCCUCUCUCCACUCCAAAACCCCUUUCCACACAGAAUCUGGGAAGCUGGCACCUAAAUUCCAGGCUCCUUUUGGACUUUUAACAUCUUAAUGUGAAGGACACCAUGCAGUUCUUAAAAGCCAUUCUCAUGGUCUUGGGCUGUGCGUCCUAGGACCAUGGUAGAGGAACAAGUUCUGUACCCUCUUCUGCCUUCCAGGGGUCCCAGAGCCUCCAGCUAAAUCAUGUAUAGACAUCUUCCAUGUUCAUGUAACAGCCCAGAGUGAUACUUCUGAACCCUGAGCAAUCCGAGAAAUUGAAUGGAAACUCAGACCACCUUAAACUCUAAUGAUUGUGUUGUGGCCACCAGGUGUGCUCAGAUUUUAGUGGGUCUUGACCCUCCCCUCAGCCCCUAGGUGAGUGCCACCUCACAUUUGGGGGUUCAAGCCUUGGUUUCAGGCUCAUGGCUUGUGUGACCUAUCUGAGGAAGCCCGUAUACCCUCAUCCUGUGAUACAGCCCUGUUUUGUAGAAUCUGACAAGGAAGGACUUCUUAGACUCUAGGCUAACCCAGGGCCCUGUGGGGCUAGCAGGCUGCAUGAUGAUAUUUUCUAAACACCUUGAUGUAAGGAAUUGACUGAAUAAAGUGCCACUGAUGACCUGUC